AUGUCUGACAGUCAGCGUAUUCAUUUCGUGCCCGCUAAGCGCCAGACCCAGAUACUAGAGAUGGAAGUGAAACAUAUCAUCGCAGUCCCGCAUCAACAAGAAGCAGGCACAAAUCACUGGUGUCUCUAUUUUUCGACCUCGCCAACAACCUCAAUCCGCUUGGAUUGCCAACCAAGCUACAGCGUCCCUAGUUCCAUACUCCAGGGAGGCUCCAAAGCCGACUUAAUCAUCUCGGAACUGCCCUACGAGGCCGAAAGUGACGCUCAAGCUAAACUUAUUCUUAACACUGCGUUUGGGCUAUCAUUUGGGCGGAUCUGGGACCAAAUCACUCGACAUGGUCGUCAUAAAUAUGAAUUCGAUGAGAAUGGAGUCGGCUGCAGAUGCUGGAUCACUGAUCAGAUUGAUCUUUUAUAUGAACUUCAAAUCAUUAUCGACGAAAAUCAAGUCAGGGAUGCAAUAGCUGCCAUCCUUAAAUUGUGGCCUGAGAAAACACCGCUUGCCCUUGAUCAAGGGGCUUACUAUGAGUGA